GGCAACAAACCGAAUCAGUUUUAAGAAUCUCUCGGCACUUGCCUACUCUGCUUCUCUAAAAAAAAAACUGCCACUUGGUCACCGUGAGUUACCCAGAACCAUCCACAGCCAGCCGCCGCAGACGGAGAUGGGACACAACGCAGUCCAACCGUCGACGCUAAUGUCAGAUUUCCUCCGGCAGUGCGGCGGCUACGCCGUCAUUGACGGCGGCCUAGCCACCGAGCUCGAACGACACGGCGCUGACCUCAACGACCCCUUGUGGAGCGCCAAAUGCCUCAUUAGUUCCCCUCACCUCAUUAGAAAGGUGCACCUUGAUUACCUUGAAGCUGGUGCGAAUAUCAUAAUAUCUGCAUCUUAUCAGGCUACCCUUCAGGGAUUUGAGGCUAAAGGCUUGUCUAUGGAAGAAGGUGAAGCUUUGCUUCGACGAAGUGUUGAGAUAGCAUGUGAGGCAAGGGAGAUGUAUCACAACAUAGGAUGCAAAGGUUCUUGGGAUGCCACUGGAAAUGGAGAGAUUUUGAAACAACGCCCAGUUUUAGUUGCUGCCUCUGUGGGAAGCUUUGGAGCUUAUCUUGCUGAUGGUUCUGAAUAUAGUGGGAUCUAUGGUGAUGCUGUCACUUUGGAAGCUUUGAAAGAUUUUCACAGGAGAAGGGUUCAGGUUCUAGCAGAAUCAGGCGCUGACAUAAUUGCAUUUGAAACCAUUCCAAAUAAAUUGGAAGCCAAGGCAUUUGCUGAGAUUCUAGACGAAGAAGACAUAAAGAUCCCAGCGUGGUUUUCUUUCAAUUCUAAGGAUGGUGUUAAUGUGGUUAGUGGUGAUUCCAUAUCAGAGUGUGCCUCAAUAGCUGAUUCAUGUAAGCAAGUUGUUGCUGUUGGAAUCAACUGCACCCCUCCUAGAUUUAUUCAUGGACUGAUUCAGGCAAUUGGGAAGGUAACAACUAAACCAGUACUACUAUAUCCCAACAGUGGUGAGACUUACGAUGCGGAGCGAAAGCAGUGGGUGAAAUCAACAGGAGUUGCAGAUGAAGAUUUUGUGUCAUAUGUGGGAAAGUGGUGUGAAGAUGGGGCUUGUCUUAUUGGAGGUUGCUGCAGGACUACUCCUAACACUAUCAGAGCUAUAACUAAGGCUCUUUCCACCAGAUCAUUUUCUGCAACCACCAUCCAGUUCUGAGUUCAGAGAGAGAGAGAGAGAGAGAUUUAACGCGUGAACUUCUUCUAGAUUAUAAGCAUAAAAGUAGUUUCCUCUCAUCUGGUUUUGCUCUAUGUGCAUCCUAUCCACAAAAACUCUAUUCUAUGUCUCUUUAUAAUCUUUUCCACUCUUUCUUUGACC